GGCCCUUUUUAAAGCACCCGCUCUUGCUCUGGCCUCACUGAGAGCUCGAAUCAGGGAGAGAACCAGGUCCUUACCGGAUCCCCUUUCUCCAGGAGUUGCUCACCAGACCAGCACACCAUGGAUUUUGUCGGCCUUGCCGUCACCAGACCUGUUCUAAAUAUGGUGACUAAAACCGCGAUUGGAGCCGCUGCUGGAGCAGGAUUGGCCCUCAGCAUCCCAGCAGUGGUCUCUGCUAUGGGCUUUACAGCAGGUGGGAUCCUCGCUGGGUCCCUGGCUGCCAAGAUGAUGUCUGCAGCCGCCAUAGCCAAUGGUGGAGGAGUGCCUGCAGGCAGCAUCGUGGCCCUGCUGCAGUCCAUUGGAGCUGCAGGCCUCUCUGCUGGAGCCCAAGCUGCGCUGGCUUCGCUGGGGCCCCUUGGUGUAGCUGCUUCCAGUCUCUUCUGAUGACAAACCUGAGUGAAGCCAAGAAAGUGCCCCAGGUUUCUGCCAGGGGCACCCUCUGAAGAGCAGCUGAGUAGCAGCUCUGCUUGAGCAACGCGCGCUCUGAAAGCAAUAAAGGUGUUUGGCAGAUGAGG